AUGGAGAGCGUGAAUGUUAGCGUGGAUUAUUUAAAAUCAAUUAAAUUUUCUUCACUAUCUUUAAAAGAAAAAUUAAAAAUUAAAAGUGCCGGUCGUCCUAAACCAAAUUUGUUAAUUUCGAAGUGUUUGCUAUUUGGAGAUGAGGAAUCAAAAUGGACAAAAAAUGGUAUUAAAGAUUUAGUUCAUUUAUCCGAAAAAAUUAAAAAGCAUCAACAUUCAAAGUCACACAUAUCUGCUAAAUUAGGUUUUAAUUUAUUAGGUAAACAAGAUAUUCGGCAACAACUAAAUAGUGCAUACCGAUUAAAUAUUGCAAAACAUAAUGAACAAAUAAAAAAUAAUAGUCUUAUAGUGUGUCAGGCACAUAUCAAAAAAGAAAUUGCUGCUUCAAAAUUUGUUUCCAUUGUGAGUGAUGGAACGAGUGACAUUUCAAAUAUUUUUCAAAUGGUUAUAGUUUAUCGUUACACUUUACCAAACGGGACCCCUGUUGAAAGAUUUUGGACUUUUUUAAAACCAAAUAACCACGAUGCUGUUUCCUUAGCUGGCUGCAUAGAAGAAUGUUUAAGUUGUGUUUUAUCAAGUUCCGAUAAGUUAAUUUCUCAAAGCUAUGACGGAGCAAGUGUUAUGAGUGGCGUUCAUGGGGGUGUGCAAAAACUCAUUCAGGAUAAAUUUAGAUAUGCCAAUUAUAUACAUUGUUAUGCGCAUCAUUUAAAUUUGUUAAUGUCUCAGGCAACAAGCAUAAAUACUAAUGUACGUAUAUUUUUUGCUGAUUUGACCGACAUUACUAAUUUUUUUUCAAAUUCACCUCAGAGAGUUGCCAUAUUAGAUGAAGUUGUGGGAAAUAGGGUUCCGUCAGCAUCUGCUACAAGAUGGAAUUUCAAAAUUAGAACGGUGAACAUGGUGUAUGAAAAUAGAGAAGCCCUAGUAGAGUGUAUGGAAAGAAUACAAUCCACAUCCAGGCAAUCUGGAACCAUAACAAAAGCAGGUGCACUUUUAAGGUUAUUGAAUGAUAAUAAAUUUGUAUUUUGGUUGAAAGUUUUUCAUCGUAUUAUGCCCCACGUUGACAUACUAUAUUCACAAAUACAAAAAACUGCUACUGAUUCCGUAAUCGUAAAACGAUGCCUGACUACAUUUGAAGAAAAUAUACAAAAAGAAAGAGACAAUAUUCACACUAUAAGAGACAUUGAGUUAACAGACAUUGACGAUAGUCAAUCCAGGAAGAGACGGAAGAAAUAUGACAGAAAUUCUUAUGUCUCCACAAUUAUUCAAGCUAAGGAAGUUUGCGAUACUAUACUAUCUGAAAUUAAGAGAAGGUUUUUGUUUACAGGACAUUUGGAAAUAACAAAAUUAUUUUCAGUGGACAAUUUUGAAAUAUAUAGCUCAAAUUUUCCUACAUUGACAUUGGAAUCAGCAAUUAACAAUUAUCCCUUUUUAAAUAAAAACAAAUUAAGGACUGAAUUGGAAAUUGUUUAUAGAAGAUCCGAUUUUAAAGAACUUUCCGGAGCAGUUCACUUACUUAAAUUUUUGAUUGAAAAUAAUUUGCAAGAAGAUUUUUCUGAAAUUUAUUUAAUUCUUCAAGUACUUGUUACGAUGCCAAUGACAACAGCUGAAGCAGAACGAUGUUUCUCUACAUUGAAACGUAUCAAAACUUUCCUUAGAAGUACUAUGGGCCAGGAUAGACUAACUGCACUCGCCAUGUUAUCAAUUGAAAAAAAAAAUGAUUCAAGAAAUUCCAAAUUUUAA